AGCAGCCGCUUCGAGCGCCCUGACCCCCGGUCGGACAUGCCGGCGCCGGUCCUUUGCCAGAGUUGCGGGGCUGGCCGCGCCGCGCUCCGCCGCCCCAAGACGGGCCGGGCGCUGUGCCGCGCGUGCUUCGUGGCGGCUUUCGAGGCGGAGGUGCACGGCACGAUCGUGUCGGCGCGGCUCUUCCAGCCGGGCGAGACGGUGGCCGUCGGGGCGUCGGGCGGCAAGGACUCGACGGUGCUGGCCCACCUGCUGCGCCUGCUCAACGAGCGCCACGGCUACGGCCUGCGCCUGCUGCUGCUCUCCAUCGACGAGGGCAUCGCCGGCUACCGGGACGACUCGCUGGAGGCCGUGCGCCGCAACCGGGGCCGCCUGGGGCUGCCGCUCCACGUGCUCUCCUACCAGGAGCUCUACGGCUGGAGCAUGGACCGCAUCGCCCGCCACGUCGGCCCCAAGAACAACUGCACCUUCUGCGGCGUCUUCCGACGGCAGGCGCUCGACCGCGGCGCCGCCUUGCUGGGAGCCGACAAGAUCGCCACGGGUCACAACGCAGACGACGUAGCUGAGACGGUGCUGAUGAAUUUCCUGAGAGGGGACGUGGGUCGGCUGCGGCGCUGCGCGGGGAUCCUCACCGGUGGCGAGGGGACCUUGCCGCGGUGCAAGCCCCUGAAGCACGCCUACGAGAAGGAGAUUGUCCUGUAUGCCUACUUCCAGGGCCUGGACUACUUCAGCACUGAGUGCGUCUAUGCGCCCAAUGCUUACCGCGGCCACACCCGCACCCUGCUGAAAGACCUCGAGGCCGUGCGGCCCAGUGCCGUGGCCGACCUGGUGCACUCGGGUGAGCGCCUGGCAGUGCGUGAGGAUGUGCGCAUGCCCACCCAGGGCAUCUGCCAACGCUGUGGCUACCUCUCCAGCCAGCCCCUUUGCAAAGCGUGCGUGCUGCUGGAAGGGCUCAACCGCGGCCUGCCCCGACUGGGGAUUGGCAAGCCCAGCCGGCUGCAAAAGGCUCUGACGGGUGCAGAGAAGCCGGAGGCGGGCUUCCAGGAGGACUCUGAACAGUCCAGCAACGCUGUUAGGACUAUAGACUUCUGAGCCUGUGUUUUUCCUGUCUUGGGUGCUGAGAAGCUCCCCCUUUUCUGGUAAAACCUUUCAUGUUGGAUCCAUGCGGCAAUGAACUGUACAGAUCAGGGGUCCCCAGCAUGGGGCCCCCCAACACCUUUCCUGGUGCCUGCUAAGUGCUUUUAGAAAGUGUGAAGAAAUUGUUAAGAGUUAUGUGUAAUCUAACUCCCUGACAUUUUGUGGCCCUUCUGCAGCGGCAGUUUUGCGAUUACGCCCACUGCUGUGUAUCAGAAUUCCAAAGGUGUCCCUAGGCUCAAUAAGGCCGGGGACCCCAGUGAAGACGUUCCCACCCACAGUGAAGUGGAAAGAACACUGUGCCCUACUCAAAGCCAGCUGCUCUCCAACCAAAGGAUGGGGGCACAGGCGCCACUGGGAAUGAGGCUCCAUGCCAUAUGAGAGUCUUUUGCCAUGGUCAAAGAGGAGCCGAGAGAUUAAAACAGUAGACAAAUUAACCCCUAUUAAACUUGAUUAUUGA